UAUCGCUCCAAGCACGUGUGUGACCCACUUGUCUGGGCUGCUGAGUUUUUCGAUUAUUUUGUUUUCUGUUUAGAUUAUUUUGCAUAUACUGAAGCUCUGGGAUCAAGUUUGAACAUUGUACCAAAGUGCGGAGGCGGGCACUAUGGCUCCAAAGAAAUAAGUACAAGGCUAGCGUGAAGACAAAAGGGAAAACAAAGGCGAUUCUACUUGGAGGUUUUCAAAAACAACAACUUCAGCACGAACUCCCCGAAGAACGUCAGCCACAGCGAAAAUAGAAUUCUCAAAACAAAAUACUUCAAAACUCAAGAGGAUUAAACAUUUAUGGAGCUAAUUUCUGCUGAUGAAUUUUGUUUUGAAGUACUGUUUAAGUUUUGAUUACUUAUAUAGAGGUGAUUAGCAUCUUUGAUUAAGCUGGUUUAAUAAGAGGCGAUGAUUGAUCAACACAUUUAGAUCAUCACUUGGGUCCUGUCGAGUUCGUGUCACUUCGACCUGCCAACUCGUCUUGUGCUUUCGUUGUGUUUACCGUAAGAAUACCACUUCAAAAUAGAAGCGGUUCGGUUAAAAAGUCUCUGAAAUCUUCUCUCUAAGCAAUAUAGUUUGGUUCCGACAUUGUAUACGAUUAAUAACAGCUUGCGUAGGCACAUAAUUUCGCCACGCUGAGACCAAACAAAGGUCCUCUAUCGGACUAUCUGGACAAUUCUGGUGUACACUUAACAUUACCAAAGAUGCAGCGAAGAAGAAUAAGCAGUACUUUUCAUGAGCAGAUUGCUGCGAGGGAGAAAGUUCUGKCUGACAUUGUUGAAUGCGAAGACGAAGGAAAUCCCGAGGACAAUARUACAACUUACAGCAAAUGUGCYAGUGAUGAUACUAGYCGAAGUGGYAUCCCAUUUCUACAUCAAGUUGUAUUGGAUGGCGAUGUGGAUUUGCUUGGUAAACUUAUCAAGAGCGGUUCCGAUGUAAAUGUGUGUGAUAAAGAAGGCUGGCCGCCACUUAAUACAGCCAUAAGACAAGGACGAACUGAAUGCGCCGCUUUGCUAUUGAAACAUGGAGCUGGCGACUUUUUCUUUCAAAGACAGAAAGAACAGUACUUACAAAGAUUGCAAGUGUCGAAGAAAACUCGAAGAAAGUCACAUUGGAUGUAAUAUAASUCAAGCAAUUUCUGUGAACCAAGUCUUCAAGAUGUAUUAAAGCUACAACACGGUUUUA